GACAAGUGUGUCUAUUCUGUUCUCUCAUUCCAACUUUCACCUUUCUCUUUGUCAAGUUCUCCACUCGUGUUUGGUUUUCACUUCGGCACAGCUAUGACAAUCAGAACAGCCCGCCCAGACCGGGCAGAACAUUUUCGCCCGCGUAUGCAUUGCCUCAAAAAGUUGGAGGCGGUUGUGGUUGAAAUGCAGGACCCAAAAUGUGGGCUCAAGGGCUCCGAGCAGAAACUCAACGUCACCACCAUUCCACACGCCAUCGCAGGCAAUGACAUAGUUUCCUGGAUUGCCAACAAGAUGAAAAUCCCUACAGAAGAAGCUCUGGUCUUCGGCACCAUGUUGGUGGCCUACGGUUACGUCUAUGGUCUGCAGAACCACAGGAAGCUGGUCAUGUGCAAUGACGGCAGCCUUUAUCGCUUCCAGACGCCAUACUUCUGGCCCAUACAGAAGUGGGUUGCAGAUGACACCGACUACGCUGUUUAUCUGGCCAAGAGAAACAUCCGCAAACAAGGCUUGCUGGAGCCCUAUGAACAGGAACACUACAACCACCUUCACAAAUGGCUGAACCCCAAGUGGGACUUUAUUGUGACGCAGGCCACGGAGCAGUACAAGGCCGGUAGAGAGAGGAAGAAGCCAGAUCGUGUGGUGUUUGAUUGCCAGGAAAGAGCUUACUGGAUAUUGAACAGACCACCGCGUUGGACUCACAGUGCUUUGGAUAGUGGACCAGACCGCCUCAUGGAUCCCAAUGCAGAUGAGACACAGAAAAUAACAUUUGACCAAUACAGACGUAUGAACUUGUUCUACCAACAAGCCAUCAUGAGGUCAAAGGUGAAAUCCAGUGUGUCCCUUGGAGCGCUGGUGAAGUACAUCACCACUUACAAGAACCAUGAUCCCUUUUUGGCGCCUUGCCUACCCAGCAACCCCUGGCUGACAGACAACGACUCUUACUGGACUCUCAAUAUGAGAAUGGUGGACGUGCCGACUAAAAUGCGUGUGGAGCGUUGGUCCUUCAGCUUGUUUGAGCUGCUGACUGACCUUCGAGGCAGAGACGACUUCAAGAUCUUCCUCAAGAAGGAGUUCAGUGGGGAGAAUUUAGCCUUUUGGGAAGCAGCUGAGGAGCUGAAGUGGGGGACUGCGUCGUCUAUGUCCAGCAAAGCUGAAACCAUCUUCAAGACCUUCUUGGCCCCCGGAGCCCCUCGUUGGAUCAACAUUGACGGCAGGACCAUGGGUCUGACCGUGAAAGGACUGGAACAUCCUCAUCGUUAUGUUCUGGAAGCUGCCCAGACGCACGUCUUCCUGCUCAUGAAGAAGGAUACUUUCUUCCGUUAUCUCAAGUCCCCUGUUUAUAAAGACAUCCAGAAGAAGGCCAUCAACCCAGAAGUUCAUAAUUUCAGUCCAUCCCAGCUGGAGCAAAACGCUCGCAGUCGAAGUGCUGGCGUUCAUCCUCUGGUGCUCUGGCAGCAGGAAGAGGAGCAAAAGGCCAAAGCUGCUGCAGCUUCUGCUCCUGUUGACGUCAAAGCUAUGAUGAGCAAAAUAGACAGAAAGAAAUAACACGACAAUAUUCAAGAUGUUACAAAAUGAUUUACACUAACAAAUACAAUCCAGUAUACAGUAUAUAAACUAACCAAUACAAGCUAGUAUACAGUAUAUACAGUAACAAAUACAAGUUAGUAUACAGUAUAUACACUAACCAAUACAAGGUAUUAUACAGUAUAUACAUUAACAAAUACAAGGUAGUAUACAGUAUAUACAUUAACAAAUACAAGGUAGUAUACAGUAUA